AUGGACAGUCUCAGGCAGGGAAUUGACUACAAAUCUGAAACCCCUAGUGCAGCAUUCAAUGUACGGAGAUUUGUAAAGAAGCACCGACCAGUUGCUGAAUGGAUAAUGACCACCACAUACACGGAAGAAGGCACGUCCGGAGAAAUAUCCACUGACGGCGAAGACAUUCUCUUGGCAUCCCACCCUGUGGCAGCUUUCACUGGCUCAGUUUCCAGAAACGUUUGCAUGUAUGCCAUCAUUGAGAAUCUGCGCUACAUGCUCGCUGCUUACGACCCCAACUUUCCCAUCCACUUUGGCUCGAGAUUCAAGAAAUACACAAAACAAGGCUACAUGAGUGGAGGUGCAGGCUACGUUUUGAGCAGGGAAGCCGUGAAGCAGUUUGUGGAGGUUGCUCUCCCUAACAAGAAGCUCUGCUUGAUGCAUGACAAGGGCGCCGAGGAUAUGGAGAUGGGAAAGUGUCUGGACAAUAUCGGAGUUGUGGCCGGAGACUCGCGGGACAGUUUGGGUCGUGACCGCUUCUUGCCGUUCCCCCCAGGCAGGCACCUCUAUGGUGACAUACCUUCCUGGUACUUCGACUUCGUCUACUACACACCUGCCACG